AUACAUGUCCAAAUAUACAUAAGUCAAGAAACGAGCAUCAUAACAUGAACUGAAGGUAUUAAUCGGUACUUCAUAAUUUUCCAUCCUUUUCAUUUCUUUAGUCUAUUGCCUUUUCAGGUUACCAACCGGGAAACAACUAAUGUACUCACGCUUAACAAACAAUAUUCAAUUUCCAUGCAUUGGUAUUGUGGAAAAAGAAUAAUGGUUAUAAUUAAUCAACCAUGACAUUAUGAAAUUUUAUGAAACAAACCUAUAUGUUUUCGUCACUAAUUGGAUUGAGAUCAGGUGGGUUUGGCAGACAAAGUUGACACAAUUGUAGGUGCACUUUCUGGGGGAAUGAAGAGGAAAUUAUCCCUUGGUAUUGCUCUUAUUGGAAAUAGCAAGGUUAUCAUCCUUGAUAAACCAACCAGUGGUAUGGAUCCAUACUCAAUGCGUUCAACAUGGCAGUUGAUAAAGAAGAUCAAGAAGGGAAGGAUAAUAUCAUUGACAACACAUUCCAUGGAUGAAGCCAACGUUCUAGGUGAUCGAAUAGCUAUCAUGGCAAAUGGUCAUUUGAGAUGCUGUGGAAGCUCCCUUUACUUAAAGCAUAAAUACGGGGUUGGUUACACCCUUACAAUGGUGAAGGCUGCACAUGGUGUCUCUGUGGCUGCGGACAUUGUUCAUCGUCAUGUUCCAACUGCUACAUGCUUAUCUGAUGUAGGUACAGAAAUUUCCUUCAGACUUCCUCUUACAUCAUCUUCUUCCUUUGAGAACAUGUUUCGAGAAAUUGACAGUUGCAUAAGACGACCACAUCUAAGCUCUGAAAAAUGUCACUCCAGUUACAGUGAGGGAAAUUUUGGCAUUGAGAGUUAUGGUAUCUCUGUCACAACCUUGGAAGAGGUGUUCUUGAGAGUUUCAGGGCAGAACUUUGAUGAAAAUGAUAAAAGUGUAUAUUAUGCAUCUCAUACUGGAUCUGAUACAGUGGUUUCUGAAGCUUCCCACGGUACACUGAUAAAACCAACAAACUCAAAGCUACCUUUUAGGUUCAAAUGUUCUUCAUAUGGAUUUGUUAUACUCUGGGAAGCGCCUGCAGAUUAAUAUUUUCCACAGUUUGUAGUUUCAUAGCAUUUGUUACAGUUAAGUUUUGGAGCUGUGGUUUGGUUACGAGGUCUACAUUUUGGGAACAUUACAAGGCUCUUUUCAUAAAAAGGGCAAUAUCUGCUCGGAGAGAUCGAAGGACAAUUGUUUUCCAGCUGUUCAUUCCAGCUGUAUUUUUGCUGUUUGGUUUGCUGUUUUUGAAACUUAAGUCACAUCCUGAUCAGUAUUCUAUGACUUUGACAACAACAUAUUUCAAUCCUUUGCUACGAGGAGGUGGUGGAGGACCUAUUCCGUUCAUGAGUUCCAUCGCACGUGCCUCAGCAAGUGAUUGGAGCAGAGCCACUUCUGCCCUUUGUGCCGCUUCCCCAUGCCAAAUGAGGACGCAUGAGUUGCUCAUAUGUUGUGUUUGCGUAGGUUUUAGUGAUUCAUGUUAGAUUUGAUACAUUGCGGUCUAAUUGAUCGAUCCUACUUCGCCUAUUAGCCUUUGGUUGAGUUUUGAUGAUGUAAAGAUGUAUUAAUUCUCAACAUUAUCUGUACUGUGUCUAUUCUGCUCUUCAAUAGUGUCGAAUUUUGAUUAUCUC